AUGUCCUUAGUAUUAUUUCGUUGGAUAGUAUUUGUCAUCACUAUAUUUUGUUUCUUCAUAGAUGCUAAUGUUCAAGCAAAAGAUAUACAUGUAUCUAAUGCAUCCAGUUUUACUGACCAUGAACAUUUGGUGAAAAUAGAUCCUCCAUCUAUACCAGUGCAUAACGAUACUAGUCGAGAUAAUGAAGGUGCAGAUCAUGAUUCUGAACCAUUAAGAAAUAAUGGACGAGGAACACAUGAAGCUAAUUCUCAAAAUUAUGCUGCUGAAACGAAUGGAACACAUGGUACACCAAUAGAAGAAUUUCAACAAGCAAUUCUUGAUCAACAUAAUAAAUAUCGUGCACAAAUGAAUGCUGGCAAUCUUCAAAAUAAUAAUGAUUUACAUGAAAAAGCACAAAAACGUGCACAUGCUGAAGCUAAUGAACAGCCCAUACAAUUAUCAAAUGAUUAUAAUGAAAAUGUUUAUGUAAUUGAUACAGGCGAUCCAUCAAAGAUAACUGGUGAAAUUUAUUUUAUUUUUUUAAUUUUAUUUCUUAUAUUAUAUUUAGGUGAACUAAUUGUCAAGGCUUGGUAUGAUGAACGUUAUCAUUAUAAUGUUAAAAAUGAAUCUUCAGCUCCGCAUUUUUCACAAUUAGUAUGGAAAAAUUCAAAAGAAUUAGGUAUUGGUCAUGCUUAUAAUGGUCAUAGAUUAUUUGUUGUUGCUCUUUAUAAACCUCCUGGAAAUAUUCGUGGUCAAUUUCAAGCCAAUGUUGAUGUUGAUUCUCAUGGUGAACACAAACCAGCGAAUAGAUAA